UAUAAGCUUGUCCAGACCUGCUUCCCAUUUACAGGGCGAAACAACGUUUGCGCCUCUCUACACAGUUCGAUUCACAGCAUCUUCUUCAACCAGAUCACACUAGAGACAGUUACAGACACAUCCACUCGAGCUCUUGGAACUUUUAUAUCGUUGUCGCUCGUCAUGGCGGCCAUGAAUGGGGUCAAGGUAGAGGACGACAUGAAGAUCAAGCCAGAUCCGGAAGACGAAGCCGAGGGAGGCUUUGCGGACGACGACGAAUACGAAGACACAGGUGAGCUCACUAUGCCGCGCGAAGAGCAGGAGAUAUGGCUCGCAAAAGUCCCAAAAUGGAUGUGGGAAGCAUUAUCAGAGGCGAACGACUCGGAGGAGCCAUUGCACAUAGGACAACUAAAUACAUACGAGGACUUGAGCCUGAAGCCUGCGGAGAGAGAGCGUGAGAAGACCCACAGAUUUGUGUUCAACAAAGACUUCAAGAGGGCGAGCAAGAUACCGAAGGAAUACGAACUCGAAUUCACGAAAGCCGACCCGCCUAACAUGCAUAUCUUUUCGGAGAAGGACCUGCCGGGAUACAAAGCGAAUCCAUUCAGUCGGAGCAAUAAGCAAGACUACAAUGCCGGCAAAGCUCAAGGUGUUCAGAAGGGCAGACGAUAUAGGAAGGCCAUCCCGAAGCAGACAGCUCUCCUGCGGUCUAUAAGAAAAGAGCUCAGCUGCACGCCAGUAGACAAUAAGGAGUACCAUGAAUUCAUGGAGAAGCGCAAGAAGCAGGUCGAGAAGUCCCAGAUUACACUGGAGAGUGGUGGUGACUACCUGCCCACGAAUGCGGACAUGAACUUUGGAACUCUUAUCAGAGGUACAACCAAAAAGAAGAGUGGACAGGACAAUAAAGCUGCGCGCAUUCCAGAGGUGGAACUGGUUCCGAUGCUGUUCGAUGCCUUCAAGCAAUACAAAUACUGGAGUCUCAAAACGCUGCGCACAAGGACCAGACAGCCAGAGCAGUAUCUCAAGCAAGUCCUUUCUGGUAUCGCCGAGCUCGUUACUUCUGGUCCUUUCAACGGCAACUGGACGCUUAAGAAGGAGAGCUACAUCGAUUUCGAUGAUGCCAACGUGGAAGAAAUAGCCCCUGAGGCCGGAGACCCAUCGUCACCUGAGGAUGUCGACGACCUAGAAGACGACGAGGAUGAGGAGAUGGAGGAUGUAGUUUAAAGAGGGGCCUUUUAUAUAUCGUCCCCGGAUGUCUAUUUCAGUGGUUGUUCUAACAGCAUAGCAUGGCGUUCUUGUGGGGGCAGUGGCUUCUUAAAAUGGCACAUUGAUGCUAUGCCGCACCAUACAUUUGAGAUAUUUGAGGGCUUUGGAUGUGUUACUAAUGAUCAACUUGAUCAAUUUAAUCUGCGUAUACGUUCCUCUUUUUUGGUUGAUUGUUGGCAUGCGUUUUGAGUUUCUGUGCUAAGUCUUGUAGGACCUGCCGCGUACGAACAACACAGAGAC